GACUACAGAGCAAAGUAUUGGUGCUUGGGAAACGUUAAGUAUAACUCAGUAUGUAUUUCCUUUUUUUUUUCUUGAAAAAAAAUGAAAUAAGCUUAUCUGCGUUAAAUAAGUUUGUCUAAAAUUAGCACACAUUGCUAUCUGUGCAAACAGUAGGCCUAAAAAAAGAAUAAUACGUGGAAGGGGGUUAUUAUUCUCGUCUUUCACUCGUAAUGAUUAGUGAAACUCUCUUACUUAAACUUACUUACACUUUACUGAUUCAUUGUUCAUUUUAUUUUACUAUGUUUUAGCUAGUUACUAAUUACUAGGCCUAAGAAGUAAUUUAAUUUUAAGUAUUAGUAAGUUCACAGUAAACUUAACAUUUUAAUUAGCUUUUUAUGAAAUUUAUGACCAUAAACUAUUAUGAUAAACGGUACAGGACCUUUACUAUUUAGAUUUAUAAAGAUUAAAUACUAACGACUUUUAGAAUUUAGGCACUGCUACUCACACAUUGAAUUAAUCACCAUGUGACAUGAAUAUGCUACUGAAUUAAACUAUAAAUUAUAACAAUUACAAAAUAAGUUAAAUAAGACUCGAAUUAAGUUUUUAAGAUAUUUGUAAUCAAACAAAUAUUAACAAAGAAUUGUAUGGAUUUAUUUCUUAAACUUCAAGUAAAGACAAAGGGGUAACCUAAAAGUGAAAGCAAAAAAAUAAGUAUAUUAUAAUUAUUAUAUAAAUAGGCUAUAUUCAUAAUUAUUAAUAUAAUAUUGUUUUCUAAUAUCUCACCCAAGUUCAACUAAUGACUAAUGUAAAAUAUUUGUUAUAGUUAUUAUAUAUUUUUCAUUAGUACUCUAGAUUUGUUUCCAGCUUUAAGUUAUAUAUCCAACUGUUUAAGUUUUUGAGAUGGGCCUAAGGCCUAAUAAAUAUGCAUAAUAGGCCUAGCUAUAUCUUUUGUAGAGCAACCUGUUUAGCUUCAAUACAAGAUGUGGCUUGUGACAAUGAUCUCAUAAAAAACAGAUAUAAAUAACAGAUAGGUUUUUAAAAUAAUUAUUUUUUAAUCUUUUCAUUAAAAUUUUUAUUUUCUCUUUCCAGUAUCACUAUAGCAGUUGAAAUACUAUAGGUCUUUAAAUAGGAAAAAAAAUCAAAUAAUUUGAAGAAUGCCUCAUCCACGGUCUGCUCGCUCUGAUAUGAGUGAUACUGAUAUGGAAGGCCUGCAAGAGCAGGAGUUGGCAAAACUGCAAAGAAGUUUUCAAAACAUGGAAGGUGAUCGUGCUGCUUACACACAGGAAUCUCAAAACUCUAUUCGAAAGCAGAAGUGAGUGUUAUUUUGUAAAAAUAUUUAACUUGCUCACUUUAAAAGAAACAAAAAUAUUUUUAAUUUUUUCAACCAUCUCAAGUAAUGUUUCAAUUACUGAUAGUAAUAAAUAGAUGUAAAAAGAAAUUUGCUUAGUAUCAGAAAUUAACCAAUGUGCACCUAAAAGCCAUUUACAAAUGGAUCAUUAAAAUUAAAUAAUAAUAAAUAAUUGUAAAAAUUAAAAUAAAAACAAAUAAUCCACAGGCAAGAGAUGAAACAAUUAGAAUCAGAGAAGCAAGAACUUCUGAAAGAAUUACGAUUAGCUGAAUCCAGAACUAAUCAAAUUAAAGAUGAGCAACACACUGACACAUUGGUUACUCUAUUGGAAGCUAAAGGUGAGAUUCUCUUACACAUUGGUUACUCUAUUGGAGGCUAAAGGUGAGAUUCUCUUACACAUUGUUUACUCUAUUGGAGGCUAAAGGUGAGAUUCUCUUACACAUUGGUUACUCUAUUGGAAGCUAAAGAUGAGAUUCUCUUAUACAUUGGUUACUCUACUGGAGACAAAAGAUGAGAUUCUGUGACUUAUAGGCUACUCUGCUGGAAACAAAAUCCGAGAUUCUUGGAAACAUUGAUCAAUAUGCUGAGGCAAAAUAUGAGAUUCUCUGAAACAUUGAUCAAUGUGCUGAGGCAAAAAGUGACAUUCUCUGAAACAUUGAUCAAUAUGCUUGGGCAAAAGGUGAGAUUAUUUGUAAACACAGUGACACAUUGGCUACUCUGCUGGCAGCAAAAGGUUUGAUUCUCUGGCACAUUGCUUACUCUACUGGAGACAAAAUAUGAUUUGGUUUUUCCAGUCUCUCCAUGCCAUCCCAUUUCCUCAGACUCUUUAUUUUCCUUUUCCCUUUUUUCAUAAGCUCUUUAUCAUUCAAAACCCUCUUGGUCCACAUCAAUAUCAGCAUGAUGAUGAUUAUGAUUUUUAAAAAUUGUUAUAACAUAUAAUUGUAAUGUUUUUACCCAAUUUCACAUUUAUUUCAUGCUGCCAUAUUCUAUUGGUAGGGUGUUUCCUAUGCUAUCUAUUUUUUUUAGCAUUUUAACUCCUCUAUACAUUUCAUUUUCACAAUCAGAAAAAUGGUUCAAUUUAUUCCAUAAUCACUAUUAUGUGUGUUAAAAUAGAAAGUUACGUGAUAAUGUACACACUUAACAAUAACAGAAUCUCCACCAGUCACCACAAUGACCUACUUAAAAUUUCAGACAAGAAUGAUGAAGAGAUGAAAGCUGAGGAUGAAAAGCAGAGAGAGCUGGAUGCUGAGAUAAAAAAAUGGGAGAAGAAGGUCAAAGAGCAGCAGAAGAACAUGGGCGGCUCCAAUAUGAGCUCCCAGCACAACACACAGAUGAACAAAACACAGCUGGUCUUAGAGAACAGGCUUGACCAGGUAAACAAGCAAAAUUAUCACACUGCCCUGGUGACCAAAUACUUGACCAUGUCAUACAAAUCACUAUAAUAAAAAAAUGUGACGAAACAUGUGACCUGUCUUUCAAUUUCAUUGUCAUGCAAGUUUGAUGUUCUAAAACUCUUUUCAACAUUUGAAAUAUUGACAGGCUAAAAAGAGAUUCAAUGACUGCCUGAGCCAAAAUGCCAAACUCAGGGAUGAAAUUGAAAGUCACAGGAAUGAGCACCGCCGGUUUGAGAACCUCUACAAGAAGCUAGAGAAGGAGUUGAAGAAUCUGAGAAAAGAGAUGGCUGAGGUGAUUGAGUCCUCCACAGCAGCUUAUGACCAGAGGUAGAGUAUAGUAACGGACAGGUAGGGUAUACCCUGGGAGGGAUAAGGUAUGAUAAUGAAGGGUAGGGUAUGGUAAUGGAGAAGUAGGGUAUGUCAUGGGAGAGGAUUUUUUUUUUUCCUAGAGAUAUUUAGGGUAAACUUAGAGAGGUAGAGCACACUCAAAAUAAGCGAAACAAAGUAUGAGAAAACCUCUUGCUGUCCUCAUGGAUACUACAUUGCAGCUAAGUGUUUAUUUAUAUAUUUUUUUUUUUACUAUUGUUUCUGUUUGCUGAGAGAGGCUUCUUGCCAACACGUUAGUUCUUUUGUUGCUUCCCUUUGUUCAAGUUUUCCAACACUUUGUUUUACUUUUUCCUUUAACCUAACCUGAUUGCAGACUCUCCCCCUCAUUACCAUAGUGUACACACUUAGGGGAUACUAAUUACAAAAUGAGAUGAUACUUAAAUCAAUUUAAAAAUUAUUUUGAAAAAAAAUGGAAAAAUAUUUUUUUUUAGAAUUUUUUUUUUUUUUUAAUUACUUUGUGAAUCAUUGAUUUGUUUUACUUUUUCCUUUUACCUAUCCUUAUUGCAGACUCUCCCCCUUAUUACCAUAGUGUACACACUUAGGGGAUUCUAAUUACAAAAUGAGAUGAUACUUAAAUCAAUUUAAAAAUUAUUUUGAAAAAAAAUGGAAAAAUAUUUUUUUUUAGAAUUUUUUUUUUUUUUUUUAAUUACUUUGUGAAUCAUUGAAGAUGGUUGUUGCAUUAUUAUUAUGAGUUUCCAUUUAGUGAAAUUCUCUUUAAUAACUUGAAUAGAUGUGUAUUUAUAUAGUUGAUUGCCAACAUUAAAAUUAACAAGAAACUAAUAGCACAGGAAAUAUAAUAAUAUGCAAGCCAGUGUUUUCUUAUAAUUACUGCAGGAUUCAUAUAAACUUAUUUUGCAGCUUUCUUCAUGCAAUUUAUGUUUUUUAGAAGAUAUCAAAUAAUAAUUUUCAGUGUAUGUAUGGCUGUAAUGCUGUGUUCAAUUGGUGAAAAAAAUAAAAUUCCAAGUGGGAUUUUUAUAAAGUGUGCUACCUGAAUGCAUGUUUUCUCAAGCUACUUAAGUAGAUGGGAAGUUCAUACAUUGCCGCUAUGAUUGUUUGGUGGGUUAUUUCUAGUAUUGUAAGAACAAAUAUAAUCUAUAUCUAUCUGAACAGAGAUGAUGCCCAGGCAAAGAUGAUCAUCCUGAAAGAAAAGGCUGACAAAGACGUCCAACAGCACAACACAGAAAUGAAAGAGUUGGUACGCAUCAUUGACCAUGACCGCAAGCUCAAAGAGUUUAUGGGCAUCAAAGGUCAGGAGAGGCAGGAGGACCCACAGCUUGUGGCUUGGAGGCAACGCAAAGGUAAAUUUAUAGAAGUUGUCUGAUGCAAUCAAAUUUUGUUGUUGCUUUUUUUUUUUUUUUCUUUUUUGAAAUUCUACAACUUUUGUAAACUCCCAUCAUUUAGAUCAUUUACAGCAGAGUAUUUGGGUGAGUCUGCUUAAAAAUAAUAGUCAAUAUUAAUAUUUUUUUUCACUUAAUAUUAUGGCUUGGAGGCAACGCAAAGGUAAAUUUAUAGAAGUUGUCUGAUGCAAUCAAAUUUUGUUGUUGCUUUUUUUUUUUUUUUCUUUGUUGAAAUUCUACAACUUUUGUGAACUCCCAUCAUUUAGAUCAUUUACAGCAGAGUAUAUGGGUGAGACUGCUUAGAAAUAAUAGUCAAUAUUAAUAUUUUUUUUCCCUUAAUAUUUCGGUCAUGAUUUCUGAUGUCAAAACAAAUGGAUAAAACUAUCAAGCUAAUUAAAUAUUUACUUGGGUGGUUGAUGGGGAAGGGCGGUUGUAUGAAUUUUGGGUAGUGGUCAUUGAAGGGUGGCUUGAAUGAUUUUUUGUAUAGUGAUCAGGGGAAGGGUGGCUUUUAUUAAUUUUUGGAUAGUGAUCAGAGGAAGGGUGGCUUUUAUUAAUUUUUGGAUAUUGAUCAGGGGAAGGGUGGCUUUUAUUAAUUUUUGGAUAGUGAUCAGGGAAGGUGGUUGUAUGCAUUUUUGGCAGUCUUUAAAUCUCCUGUAUGUCGAACUGUAUUAGGUUGCUUUAAAAGUUUUUUGUGGACAUUUUCCUUUGAUUUCAAUACCAAACGAUAUUGUCAAGAUAAUCUUAAUGUCAUAUAUUCAUCUCUUCAUCAAAAGCUUUUGCACAUAAUUUUCUUAUGUAACUUAUUCACACAAAAACUUUUGCACAUAAUUAUUAUUAAUAUCCUAAUGUAACUUAUAUCCCCAAAAAAGCUGUUGCACAUAAUAUCCUGAUGUAAUGCAUAUCCCAAAAAGCUGUUACACAUAAUAUCUUGAUGUAACGUAUUUCCCCCAAAAAGCUGUUACACAUAAUAUCCUGAUGUAAUGAAUAUCCCCCAAAAAGCUGUUGCACAUAAUAUCCUGAUGUAAUGAAUAUCCCCCAAAAAGCUGUUGCACAUAAUAUCCUGAUGUAACUUAUAUCCCCAAAAAGCUAUUGAGACUGAGAAAAAGAAGGAAAGCCAAGAAGACUCGGUGGAGACAUAUGAAGAAGCUUUCACCAGGAUUAAAAUCAUGACAGGAGAAGAUGAUAUCAAUAUUCUGGUCAACAGGUUCAUAGAAGUGGAGGACACAAACUUUGCUCUCUUCAACUACGUCAAUGAACAGAACAAUGAGAUAGAGAAACUCAAUGAGGAUAUUAGCACAGUAAGUAGCAUGCUAUUUUAAAGAUUAGUUAAUGAAAUUGUUUGUUAAUCAUAGUAUGAUAAGUUUAUUGUAUUGUAAUAGUAUGAUAAGGUUAUUGUAUAGUAAUAGUAUGAUAAUUUUAUGGUACAGCAAUAGUAUGAUAAUUUUAUGGUAUAGUAACAGUAUGAUACGUUUAUGGUGUAGCAAUAGGGUAAUAAGGGAGAGACUGCAAUCAGGUUAGCACAAUAUAAAAUGAGUAAAACAAAUUAGGUUUAAACCUGAAAAAAGGAACGCAACAAAACAACGAAUGAGUCGGUAGGAAGCCUUCGUCAGCGAACAAAACAAAAGAAAAAAGAGUAUAAAAAUAAAAAAUAGCACUUAGCUUAGAAGUAGUAUCCUUGGACAAUUCAUUUGCUGAUUCUAAUACGUCAGCUUUGAAAUAGCUAGUUUCACAUUUAAUUUAAAAAAAUCUUCCCAAACAGAUUCAACUGGAGAUUCAGAAAUUCAAAGAACAGGGUAUUCAGUUGGAGAGUCAGAGAAAGCAGAUCCUCAAAAAUUUGGAAAACCAGCAGAUCAAAGCCACACGUGAAGCAGAUGAAUACGAGCAGAAACAUAAGGAAGUGGCUAAAAUACUAGAUCAGCUCAAAGCGGGUACUUAAUCUACAUUAAUUAACAUUUAUUAUUCAUCAAAUUUUUUUAGCUUUUGGCUUACUUUUCACUCCUAUGCUUCUCUGUGCCUAGUGUUGAAUUCACAAAAUGGGGUGGGGUGAUAUUUUAAAGAGCUGGUACCAAACCACAGACAGUUACAAAAAAAUAAUAAUUUAAUUUCUAAGUUCAGUAUUUUUUCACUUUAUUGGGAAUAUAUUUCCACUCGUUAUUGUUUUCUUAUUUAGAUAUGGACCUUGAUGUAGCUUUCUGUUAAGUAUUAUGUCUUAUAAUCUUCAAAUAAUGGCUAUUUAUUUUUUUGUGGGCUUUGAAAUAACUUGUACGACAAAUAUAAACUGCCUGUAAAAACAAACACUAAAUGUUGGCACCUUAUUCUAACUGCAAAAUUAAAAUCAUUAAAGUUUGGAAUGAACUUCUGAUCAUUUCAGUUCCCUCUUAAAUUGAGUUUGUAAAUAUCAUAUGCAUGCAUAUUUAAUCCACAGGUGUAGAUUCCUUGUUUAACAAAAUAAAUUGUGACAGGUCAGCUAUCAACAGCAUGUUGGGAGCUGACACAGGAGUAACUGAGAGUAACAUGAUUCAGUACCUUGGCAUCAUUGAACAAAGGACCAAUGAACUACUGGCCAUUCAAGUCUAUUCUAACUCAAAGGUAAACAAAAAAGUUAUUGAACUUCUUGCCCUUCAUUCUAUUCUAAUUUAGAGUCCAAAAAAAAGUCAUUGAACUACUGGCCAUUUGAGUUUAUUUUAAUUCAAAGGUAAACAAAAAGUUAUGCUGCAUUGUAAAACAAAGCUUUACAUUGAUGUUAAGACUUAAACUAUUUUUUUUUUGGCAUGUGAAGCACUUGCAGGAGAGGAACAACAUUUAAAUAAUUAUUUUCACAAGUAUUUUAGUGUUUAUACCAAUUGUUUCCAAAUAGGGGAACAAAACCUCCAUGUCCUUUGGAAGUGGGUGUUGAAUUCUUUUAACUAUCAAAAUAUGAAAAAGAUUUUGAAAAUAGUACAUUUAUUUCCAUUAUAUGCAUAAUCGUAGUGGAAAAAAAAAAUGCAUGGGUGAAAAGAUAAAGAAGGGGGUAGGGGUGAAAGAGAUGCUUAUAGAUAUCCCCAGAAUACUGUUAAAAAUUAUAUAUGGUCACUUUUUCUUAGUGACAUGAAAAUAAAUUUAUGUUUUAUGCCUUCUCUCAAGGACCAGGAUAAGUAUGACCCUAAAGCUCCCACAUUACUGGGAGAGGGACCUGCUGCACCACAGCCAAUCCAUCCUGUCAUUCCUCCAGCCGUGGGGUGAGUUGUACUGUUUUGUUUAUGUUCAGUUUUUAUAUUUUGCAUAAGAAAAUAAAAAAGAAUGUGCAUGGAAGUUAAGAAAUAUUCAAAAAUUUGCAACAAAAUCAUUAUUAUCAAUAAAAACGAAAAUGACAAUUGAAUUAACCCACAUUAUCUAUUAUGCCCAUCAAAGAAUGUCUACUCUCUUAUAUAUGGGUAUGGGUGUGAUUAAACUUGUGAUCAUAAACUAUUUUGUGGGCAAACAACACAGAGUUUAAUUGUCAGCAGCAUACUAUCUCUUAUUUAUUUCAGAGAUGAAUAUGAGAGUGAAGCCAGUGAAGAUGAAGAAGAAGAAGCAAGACCUUUUACACGCAGUGAACUACAAAACAAAGUUCUGAAGACUGUUAAGAAGAGGGAAACAGCAGCCAUGAAGGAAGGCUUCAAAUAUGACUUAACAGCUGCCAGAGAAAACAAGUCUCAGAAGAAAAAGGAAGGAAAGAAAUAGAAGUCAGCUUUAUAUUUUUGUAAAUGUAACAACAAAAAAGAAUUAGACCAUUGACAAAGCAUACAUUUUGUUUUGAUUUAUUGGAUGACUUUUUAAUUUUGAAGAGCCAGUGAAAAGUCAUCAAACACUGCAGGAAAAAAAAAAAAAGAAGAUUUUUCUUCCAUUACUGAAGUAUUUCAAGACUUGAAAAUCUAAUUCUUGAAAUGACUUAUUUUUAAUGAAUGCAAUGAAGUAUUUUUUAUAAUGAUGUAUCAGUAUAUUUGUCUGUAAAUAUACAAUUGAUGAAGAUUGGUGUAAGCAGCAAAAGGACACCAUUCCUUUGUCUGCUACAUUAAAUCAUUUAAUUUUUUUUGUAAAAUAAUUUUUUGUCUGUAAUUUUCUGAAAAACUGAGCCUUAAUUGUAUAUUUUAUUUUAGAAAAAGAACAUAAAACCUUUAAAAAUUGUAAGGUUUUGUGAACUUUAAGAAGUCUUUUUUUAUUGUCAACUAUGGUCUCUGAAAAUUAAAAGUUUUAUUGGCAGUUUAUCCAAACUUGUCAAAAGUAACUGAAGCUAUAAAUAAAUUGUAAGAGCAGUUUUAUAAAUGAUAGUCAAGUGCUAAUUUAGGUAUGUACUUCAAGUUUUAAAAAAAAAAAUAAUUCAAUUUUUACAUAUUUAUUUGACACUUUAAAUUAAUUAUUGUAUGAGGGGCACACAUGUGAUGUCACAAAGAUGAUUGUGAUGAAGCUGAACAAAGACACAGGAAGGGUAUGGGUUUUGGCUUGGG